GUGGAAUCUGCUAGGUAGAUAGAGGCGUUCUUUCUUUGGCUAUCUUUUUACAUAAAGCAUCUCACCUCGCUCACCACCCUCCCUCGUCCAUAUCCACCGUACUUCAAAGCCCAAAAUUAACCUUCAACCCACAACUCUCCUGACAGAAACGUAUCCAUCAUGCGUCUAACAACAGCUCUAACUGCGCUCUUCAGUCUCUUAUCGGCAACAACAGCACUGGCCCAACUUCAGGUCCCUAACUGUCUUCCAACUGAUGUCGAGUGCUUUAUGACAAAGGCCCAAUACACCGUCCUCGGUACGAUCACCUCUAACAAUGCAAACUCGACAGACCCAGGUGCAUCUCCCGCAAACUACAAUGCAACGAUGCUGAUUCAGUGUGUGUACGCGUCCUUUGGGAACAACAAGGGAACUGGAGCGAAUAUGGCGAAUAAUCAAUUGACGGUAACGGGCUUUGGAUUCCCGAACCCGAAUUGUCCUCCAAACACUGGUGCCCAAGCCAUAGUGAACUCGUCCUCUAUCUACUUUAUCUACGUUGCGACGAGCGUGCCUCAGGGUGGUAUGCCAAUCUACACCGUUUUCAACCCUUGUGGAGGUGGGAUCCCUUUCAGUGACGAGAAUUUGAACAAGCUGGGAGCCAUUGUUGCCAAGAACCCGCAGAAUGCGAUUCCCCCGGCAAACCAAGGAAAUCCAGCAAAGUGCACUCUCCCGACUCCCACACCGGUCUCGACCAUAGCGCCGACAGCAACAGGGUCUAACAAGCCAUUGGAGUUGCCUUCGAAUGCUGUUGUAAUUCCUCAGUGGACUGUGUUAAGUGUUGUUGGCGCGAUCUUUGUUACUGUUCUUACUGUGGUCUUGGCCUAAAUGUACAUUGUCUCUUACUGUCUUGUAAUUUUACCUUAUAUAUAGUCUAUUAACAUCCAUA